CACGCUGUCAGUUUUCACUGGUGUUCGUUUCGAGUGAAAUUUUUCAACAUGGACAUUGAGCGCCGGUAACAGCAGUUUCCAGAAGUGUUAACCCACGAUGUGGGUCUUUAAAUGUUUUCUCAGUUUUUUAUACCUUUUAGUAUAUUUAAAGACAGUUACAGUCACCUUAUUUCAGCAAAUUAGACGAUAUUUUGUGCUCAGUUUACGGACGUGCACUUAUUGGAAAAUCAGAGAAGACUCAAAAGACCUCAGGAAAGUUCCACGACACAUCAGCUUCGUGGUUUUGGAGUCUGAUAUUAACUUUGUAGAUCUUGCUCAUCUUAUUGUAUGGUCCAUGGCUAUGAGAAUACAGUAUAUUAGCUUAUAUGACAGAGAAGGUAGGCUGUUUUUACUACCUUUUUGAUAUGAUGCAAUUCCGGUACGUGGAGUGAACUUUACACAUGUAAGCUUAGUACUUGUUGGUUUCCAAUUUAAUGAACCUGACAGGUAGCUAUUGAUUGAUAGUAAUGCUAAAGAAAUCGCGUUUAAAUAAGAGCUUAUGUUCUUGAUCGAUCAGGUUUGUUAAAGGAGAACGCUGCAGCUUUAUCAAGCGAAAUUAUAAAGAAGCAAAAAGAAGUUUUCGAAGAGGAAUCCAGCAAGUUUACGUUUGUUUUGAGAACGAAGGACGUGAAGUUUGAUUGUGAGUUAUUAGGUGAGUUUUGACUAGAUCCGUAACUUAAAUCGUAUCUACAAACGCUCAUUUAAAGAAGGUAUUCUUCCAGAUUCUCAGAUUGUUAUUUAUUGAUUGCGUUUUAAGAAACCUAACCCUGCCUCCUUGGGUUCCAACUUACUCAAAUUGCAUGAAAGUUGAUGCCUGAGGUAUUAAACACACCGGGAGAUGAGUUUAGCCCUUCCGACUGAACUUCAUCCUUUCCGUCCAAAAGACCUGAACUUGACUCGUAUCACGAGUCUUGUAAUUCAAAGUGCUCAAUCGGUUCUGCUGUGUGCGGGCAACGUGUGGUGUUACAUUUCUAUGAACAUUGUUUUUUAUUAGGGGUGGUGGGUGGGGGAGAUGAAAUCUUGCUUUUACCAAGGGCUAUCAAAUAACGAGUUUCUUUUAAAUUUCUUUUAUGCUUUUUUGCCAUUUAGCAUUUGGAUGGAAGGCUCUUGAUGUUUACUUACCGUGUAUGUGGAAAAAAUUCUCUAGAUCCUAGUAGCUCGUCCAAAGUUCAAACUGUUCAGAUCUCUCUAGACACCUGUUGGCAUCUUGGCCAGCAUUAUGUACAUAUGCAGUAAUGCUGAGUCUCUUAUCAUCUUCUGCAAAAUUUCGAAUUUAACUACAUGUAGUUUUGUUGAAAACUGUUCAUUUCAUUUUGCUUAUUUUAUGGCCCUGAUUCAUUUCAUUUUGCAUAUAGGAUUAAGUAAGUUUUCAAACUACAGUAAUAAAGAAUAAGAUGUUUUGGAAAAAAAUUUUGUUGGUACAACAAAUGUAGACUGCUCGUUGCCAAACUUCGCAUUCUUCCAAUGACUUCUGAAAAACUGUUACCCUGUUCAAGUCAAGAUCCUAAAUAGUGAAAUAAGAUUAUGUAAAAUAUUGCAUACCCUGUUUAAGGCAUAAGACUCUGAAAACCACACCCAGUUUAGUAGGACACACCCAUUUAGGAUACUCAAGGGAGUAUACAAUGUACCCCUCUGAGGUACAGCAUUAUAUUACUGUUUCUUUAAUCUUGUUAUAUCUCUGCAGCUCCAACACAGGUAUGCAUAACCCUGCUGUCAGAAAAGGAUGGUAAAGGAGACAUUGUGGAAGCUGCCAGAGAAUUUUGCCAAGAAGUCCAGACAAAAAAAAGAGCAACAAAAGAAAUGGAGCCAGACUAUUUAAACAGCCUUUUAAAAGGUGUGAACAAAAUCAAUGCAGAAUGUACAAUGUACAUGCAAUAGCAUGCGUUACAGCCGGAUUUGUCACUCAAGACCUGGUUGGAGAACUAAUGUACAUGUACAUGUAGUGCAUAGGUGUCAGGGAUUUAGACUCACUGUCUGUGAUGAUGCAGGUUAACAUGUAAUGGAGUGAGCCAAAGCUUUCCAACUAUAACUGAAUAUUUUUAUCAUCAGUGUUUAAAUUAUAAGGUCUAAGUGUUCAGUUUAUUUGAUGAAUUCUCUAUUGGACAAAGAAAAUUAAAUUUGUAUUUUAAGUUUAACAAUUCAGCUUAAUCCCUGAAAUAUUUCUUUUAUUGAUGGAGAUUGCUUGUUGGAGAAUUCAGGAUGUUGGGAUUUCUUGAUUCCCUACAAUCCUUCCAUCCCUUUUUAUCCAUUGAAUUAACAUGUACCGAGCAUGAAGAUUUUAAAGUUUUUGUCAAUAUAGCAGUAUCAGUGAAAGCAGUGACCACUCGAUCUAUAUCUACAUGUAUGGUUUACCUUCUAUACACAGCAAUGGUUGUGACAGUUCCUAUCCAUUUGACUUGGGAAAUACUGUACAUGUAAAUAAAUACAGUCAACUCCCACUUUAUGGACACCCACUUAAUAUGGACACCUCAUUAUUACAGAUAGUUUGCUUUGUCCUGGGCAAAAAAAUAACUUACAUUUUGAUUUUUCUCUAAAUUUAAUCCGCUUAAUACAGACAUCCCAUUAAUAUGAACACUUUCUAUGGCCCUUUCCGUAUUAAUAGGGUUUGAGUGUAGAUUAAUUUUUUUAGCAUUUAAUUUUUCAUUUUUACAGCUACUUGUGGCAUGCCAGAUCCUGACCUUGCACUCAAGUUUGGUAGCUUUAAGAUGAUAAUGGGAUUUCUUCCAUGGCAAACCAGAUUAACUGAAUUUUUGUAA